GAAUAUGGUGUUCAUAGUGAUUUUGUUGAUUUGCUCAACAUUUCUCCAUGGACUCUUCGCAGCAUCAUCGGAAAUGGUUCAACUAACCAUCCAAGGCCUGCAUCGGGUGAAAUCAGGCAGAUCUCUUGUGCUCACGUGCACCUUACUUGAAGGAAAGGACGUCUCAUUCUCCUGGUUCAAGGAUGGCCGCAUGCUAAAGCCAGGGGACAAAAUAACGAUCGUGCCUACAGACGAAAACUCAAUAUUAAGUGUUAGUAAAGUGUCCAGUCAGGAUUCGGGGAUGUAUGCCUGUUUGGGUAGUAACAGAGUGGCUGAAGAACGAGUGGAAAGACGAGUCUUUGUUGAAGGUGAUCACUUGUUCUAAAAAGUCGAUUUAGUCCCUGCCAACCCUUAUUUCCAUAAGAUCUUACUUGAUAAACGCUGUUUUCUAAACUUAUUUAUCCGGCCGGAUUUAUAUCCGGCUUAGGAUUCGAUGGCAAUAGGCUUUAUGGCCUUUGACAUUAAUGAAUUUAAUGGGUCAGUGUCGGCUUAACAUUUAGUUGCGUUAAUCAAGUAAGCUAGUUCGAAAGAAAACACUACCAGCAUAUAACUGUUUAGUGAAAGGUAGCAUUUUGCGAAUGCUGACGACGAUUUUAGUAAGCUAGCCAAAACUAAACACGGCAUAGGGUUUUAAAGCGGACCCUUUAAAUACGAUAUUUUUGUUUGCCACCAGUCAAAAUUCUGGGGCUUCCGGAAAAUUCAGUGAUGGAAUCCUGUUACUAAUCGACUUUUACCGGGG